UACAUAUUCAUUCAUUUCAAAGCAAUCCUUCACUUCAUUCUCAGCAGGAUCGAUCAUCAUGGGCAACAAGCAAGCGAAGCCGACGCCGCCUCCGUCUACCUACUCGACCAACCCCUCCCGCUCGAUCAGCGCCCCGCCUAGUGCAGCAGCGUCGGCACCCCCGCCACCCCCUCCGCCUGCGCCUUCCAGCGCUCCUCGUACCACUUCGGCGCCGGUUCAACCACCUCCUGCACACUCGCUGCUGGAGACGAAACUGGCCGAAGUGGACGUGUCCGCCGUGUUCUCGCAGCAUGAAAUGCUGUCUAUUCGCAAACAUUUGGCGGCGGUUCUUGGUCAACACGAGAACGAUGCCGUGGUGAUCCCCAAGGACGAGUUCUUCCGCUUUUUGGCAGGCGGUGACGGAAGCACCUCCAGCCUCUAUGUCAACCGCCUCUACUCGAUCUUUGACAUGGACAAGAAGGGACAUGUGACGUUCGAGGACCUGAUGAAGGGCUUGUCAUUGCUGAGUCAGAAGGCGACGCGUGAACAGAAGCUCAUGUUGUCCUUCUACUUGCUGGAUCCCGAAGGCACAGGAUUCAUCACCAAGAAGAUGACGACGGAGCUGCUGCGCUCGUGUCUUGCGGAAUGCAACGAGCUGGAGAUCUCACUAUCGGAGGCUCAACUGGCUCACAUUGUCGACAACACCUUCCUGGACGCCGAUCUAGACCGCAACGGAGUCAUCGAUCUGAAUGAAUACCAGGCUCUGGACGCGAAGCACCCGGGACUGUUUGACUUCCUCACAGUGGACGCAUUCGGCGUGCUUAGCCACUUGGAGAAGGUCCACUCCAUGAGCAUUACCGUCCCUCAGUAAGGCAAAAUAGCAGCUCAGAACUCCACACCUUUAAUGCAUUUGCACGGCUAGCUCAGCUUCAUUCUUUUCAUAAACAAAAAAGGCCUUUUUUUCUUUCUUGGCACGGGUUUUUUGUUUUUUAAAAC